AUGCCUGUAGAGGUGCAAGAUCGCAGGCUAUGCGAGUAUGAUCAGAUUUUCCAAAGGGUCGACACCAUUGGGGUUCAGCAGAGGGGGGAAGUUCAGACGGCUGUCACCAGUGCAGGUGUGCAGUGUGCGAUAGGUGACAUCCUUAAGGUCUUCGCACGCGUUUCUCCAUCCGGAUUGCCGCGGGCUGUCCUGCCCUCUAGUGCCUGCAGCGCCCGCUCCCGCUGGCCUCUCUCCGCUGCCCCGCGCACACGCUCACUCACCCAAUGGAUGAUGCUGCGGCUCCGAGCACGGAACAGGAACUGGAAACCCCCGUGGCCUCCCCUGUGCGAUGAUGAGUGCAGAGCCAAACUGGAGGAGAAGGCCUGUGAGAAAGACAUGGGCUUCUGCGAUGCUGCCCUUCAGUCAAGACCUUGUAAUUCAAGGUCUCAUAAUUCACCCCACACUCAGCUGCAGAUGGGGAUUUCUGAAAGAUGCAGAGAGCACACACAUGCCCCUUUCUGGAGGAAGUGGUGUUGCUCAAGUUUAAUUGAGACUUGCUCAAAUCAAGAAGCAGAGGCCACUGCACCAUCAGCUAACAUGACAUUUUGUUUGUGCUCACGCAGAGUGGCUGACAAGCUGCCGAGACCAAACCUCGUCUUGCUCAAGCUCUUGCUCUCUCUGCUCCACCACAUCAGCCAAAAUGCUGAGACCAACAGGAUGGACUCCAGCAACCUGGCCAUCUGCAUUGGCCCAAAUAUGCUGAGCCCAGGCACGGAGAGCGCGCUCCCGCUGGAAGUGCAGAAGGAGAUGAAUGACAAGGUGACAGUGCUGGUGGAGUUCCUCAUAAACAACUGCUUGGAAAUAUUUGAGGGGGACAUUGCCUUCCCUGCCUGUGCCUUGGCUGAGGAGUCACCAGAGCACACAGACACCUCCACAGGUGAGAUGAAACUUGAAAGUUUCAAUGGCUGGCUUCAGAAAUCUGUGGUGUGA